AUGAGCGGUCAGAACGGGGACGCGAUUGUCGACCCUAGGCAAGCGCCAGCCCUAGAUGGAGCACGGGACAACGAGACGACACCUCUCCUCAAUGGGCAGCCAAAAGCUGCCCCCGGAGAUGCUGAAGGGCAGCAGCAGCAUAACGGCAGUUCAGGAAACCAGGAGCAGACGGUCCUAGUCGAAGACGUCAGCGGCCCGAAGCUAUGGCUCAUCCUCAGCGCUGCAUACGUCGGCGUCUUCCUGGGGGCCAUCGACUCGACCAUCAUAGCUACGUUAUCGGCGCCCAUCUCGAGCGAGUUCAAGUCGCUGAGCCUGCUGUCAUGGCUGGCUACGGCCUACCUGAUCGCCAAUGCCGCCUGCCAGCCUAUCUCGGGCAGACUCACUGACAUCUUCGGGAGGGGCCCCGGGCUGGUGUUUAGCAACAUCUUCUUCGCGGCGGGGAACCUCAUCUGCGGCCUAGCCCAGAGCGACACAGUUAUGAUCAUCGGCCGCGUGGUCGCGGGCAUCGGAGGGGGCGGGCUGAUGUCGAUCUCGACAUUCCUGGGCUCCGACCUUGUCCCCCUGAGGAAAAGAGGGAUUAUCCAGGGCAUCGGCAACAUCUGUUUCGGCUCCGGGGCGAUGCUUGGCGGCGUCUUUGGUGGCUUCAUUAACGACAAUUCGUCGCGAGGGUGGCGGCUGGCGUUCCUGGUCCAGGUACCGGUCAUCGUGGUGUCGGGCACGCUCGUGUUCUUCCUGGUCAAGGUCCCACCGAAGGCGUCGAACAAGUCGUACAUCUCCCGCAUCGAUUUCGUGGGGGCUUUCUUGACCGUGGCGUUCCUUGUGGUUCUUCUGCUGGGCUUGAACGCCGGGGGAAACCUGGUGGCCUGGACUGACCCCCUGGUCCUGACGACACUGCCGUUGGCGUUUGUCCUGCUCGUGGGCUUCAUCCUGUGGGAAAGCAGAGCCGCGCUGCCUAUCAUUCCAGUACGCCUGCUCGUCGACCGGACUGUUUUUACGGCCUGUAUCACCAAUCUCGUCUGUACAAUGGCAAACACGAUGCUGAUCUUCUACAUACCCCUCUAUCUUCAAGUUCUGGGCUACUCGCCGACGCAAUCCGGCUAUAGGAUCUUCUUUGCCUCACUGGGAGUCUCGAUCAGCUCUAUCGGCUGCGGCUUGAUCAUGAAGAGGACUGGCCGAUACCUUGGUCUGGGAAUAGCUGUCCUGAUCUCAUUCGUAGCCGGCUACAUCAUGUUCUCGACCCUGGACGCCAACAGUCCCAGCUGGGUUCCGUUCCCGGCUUUCGUGCUCACGGGUGCAGGCUAUGGGGGCAUGCUCACUGUGACGCUUUUGGCAUGCAUCGCCGCGGUCGAGCACUCCCAGCAGGCGGUCAUCACGUCUGCGACAUACGCGUUCAGAUCCGUGGGUGCCACGGUUGGUGUUACUAUUGCGUCUACCGUGUACCAGAAUAUUCUGAAAGCGCGGCUCUGGGACCGGUUCGGCUCUCUGCCUGGCGCGGGCGAGGAGAUCAAGAGGAUUAGGGACGACCUGGGCGAGCUCAAACAUCUCCCCGAUGGCUGGAAGGACGGCGUCAUCGCGUCGUUCAUGGAGGCUUUCAGGGGUGUCUGGUUGACGGGGUUGGGUCUGGCAUUGGUGGGCUUGUUAUGUGUCUCGCUGAUGAGACAGCAUACUUUGCACUCGAACCUGGCCAGGAGGGAAGACUAG